AUUGAUGGACUGGAGGAGAAGCUGGCACGUUGCAGACAGAGCAUGGAGGAGGUGGAUCUUAAACUACGCAGGGAGAAGCUCAGCCCUGAAGGAAGAAAGUCACUGGAGAGAGAGAGAAACUUACUAAUGACCAAAGCUGACAACUAUGAGAAAGAACUGAGUGUGCUUCGCAAGGAGAAUCGCAAGAAUGCCGCCCUUGCUGUGGCCAUGGGGCUGCUGAUUGCUCUUAUUUACGCCUGCUGGACAAUGUGA